AUGACUUGUAAGUCGCUCGUAGUUUAUUUCCUGGCGCUAGCGGUGUGGUGCGACGCGCAGGCCAGGGCCCAGAAGUACACCGUGCCGCCGGCCAAACUGGAGGCCAUCUACCCCCAGGGCCUCAGAGUCUCCGUUCCAGACGAGGGGUUUUCUUUAUUCGCCUUUCAUGGCAAACUCAACGAAGAGAUGGAGGGCUUGGAAGCGGGCCAGUGGUCGAGGGACAUCACCAAGGCGAAAAAUGGCGUAUGGAUAUUCAGGGAUAGGAACGCCAAGUUGAAUCUUGGCGAUAAAAUUUAUUUCUGGACUUACGUAAUCAAGGACGGCUUGGGAUAUAGACAAGACAAUGGAGAGUGGACUGUAACUGAGUUCGUCAAUGAAGACGGAACACCGGCCACUGGUCAGCCGACGAUCUCGCCAACGGCCGCGCCUAGUAGCGGGACCAACACGCCGUCCGUGCCACAGCCAACGCCGCCGCGCCGUCCCAGCACAGCAGCGCCCCCUUGUCAGGGCUCCCAGACAGCUGUGUUAGGCCAAACGAACAUAUGCAAGGGCUCACUGAUAUUCAGCGAGGAAUUCGAUAAGAACAGUUUGAAAGAUCUCGUCAACUGGGAUCCGGAAAUCAAGUUUCCGCAAGAGCCGGACUAUCCAUUCAACGUGUACAUGACAGACAGCCUUCGUAUCGAAAAUGGUUUGUUGUCCAUCUCGCCUUCACUUCUAGAGUCAAAGUAUCACGAAGGUUUCCUAAAUGAACAGCUAGACUUGACCAAUACGUGCACCGGUCAGACUGGUACGAGGGAGUGCACGAUGGUCGCGUCGGGCGCCCAAAUUCUACCACCGGUGCUCACCGGGAAAAUUACGACGAAGAAAAAGUUCAAUUUCAAGUUCGGCCGUGUGGAGAUUCGCGCCAAGUUACCCGGUGGAAGUUGGUUGUUGCCAGAGAUAACGUUGGAGCCACGCGACAGCGUCUACGGCAAUAAACGCUACGAAUCCGGACUAAUAAGAAUCGCUUUCGCUAAGGGUAACCCAAUAUUCGCGAAGAAACUUUACGGCGGUCCCAUACUGACGGACACAGAGCCAUACCGUACAUUCCUGUUGAAAGAGAAAAUCGGUAUCGACAAUUGGUUCAAGGACUUCCACAACUACAGCAUGGUGUGGAAACCAGACGGUAUGCAGUUCUUUGUGGACGGCGAGUUGUAUGGAACCGUGGAUCCUGGUGAAGGGGACAGUUAUGGCACCCUUGAUGAAAUGUUCUACGUGGCGCUAGGUCUUAGAGUCGGAGGCAUUCAUGACUUCGCUGACGGUCCCGAGAAGCCGUGGAAGAACAAGAACAACAAGGCGACGGUCAACUUCUGGAACGCUCAGGACAGCUGGUACCCAUCGUGGUUCGACGCCGACAUGAAAGUUGACUAUGUCAGAAUUUUCGCCUUACAAGGAUUGGUACGGCCUUUAACCAAUGUCCGAACCCGCCAACCGGUCUUAUUUCGACAGCCUAAUGGAAUGGGGUACUAUCCAGUAAACCCUAAUUACAACUAUGUAAUCAGAAACCCAGCGCAAAAUGGUGUUUAUACGAAUAGGCAAGGUUUACCAGCGGAUAGAAUAUCGUUCGACACAACGAGUAACAACACUAUCCAGCCAAAUCUACUUUCCGUGACCGAGCCAUGCGAAGUGUCGGUGUCUGAAACAUCUAUUCACGGUUUCAUUUGCAAGGGGCAGCUCUUAUUCGAGGACAAUUUCAAUUCCAACCUCGAUGAUGAUAAGAUAUGGACGUCGGAGAUUUUCAUGCCGGAUCAACCGGACUAUCCGUUCAAUAUUUACGAAAAGAAAGCCCUCGUGGAGGAUGGCAAGCUUGUCAUCCGCCCUAUCACUUUGGAAUCAGAAUACGGAAUUGAUUUUGUAAGGCGGUCAUUGGAUUUGAGGGACAGAUGUACUGCGACAACAUCGAUUAGCGAGUGUUACAGAGAAGCUUUUGGGCCUCAAAUUCUACCACCAGCCAUCACAGCCAAGAUCACAACGAAGAGAACGUUCAGUUUUAAAUAUGGAAGGAUUGAAGUUGGAGCGAAAAUGCCAGUUGGCGAUUGGCUAAUACCCGUUAUUCAACUUGAGCCUCACGAUAACGCGUAUGGAGCGUUGAACUACGCUUCGGGAUUGAUUCGCAUCGCCUGCGUCAAAGGCAACAUUGAAUACUCCAAAAAACUAUACGGUGGUGCUAUAUUGAGUGAAUCAGAUCCGUUCAGGAGUGCUAAUUUAUUUGAAAAGAUUGGGAAUGAUCAAUGGAGUAAAAACUUUCAUAAUUACACAGUUGUCUGGAGUCCAGAUGGAGUGUCUGUAUUUGUAGAUGGAGAAAAAUACGGAGAAGUGUUGCCAAAUGAAGGGUUCUUUGAAGAAGCAAACAGAUACUAUAUGUCGGCACCAACAAAUUGGUUGAAAGGUAGCCUUAUGGCACCGCUGGACGAGAUGUUCUACGUAUCAUUAGGUCUCGAUGUAGGUGGCAUUCAUGAAUUUCCUGAUUCUCCUAGCAAGCCCUGGAGCAAUGCUUCCAACAAGGCAAUGCUCGAGUUCUGGAACUCUCGAAAUAAAUGUGGCUAUGAAGUGCCGCCGGCGAAAUUAGAAGCGAUAUACCCAAAAGGCCUACGAGUGUCUGUUCCAGACGAUGGCUACAGUCUAUUCGCCUUCCACGGGAAACUCAACGAAGAGAUGGAGGGCUUGGAAGCUGGGCAGUGGUCACGAGAUAUUACCAAGGCUAAAAACGGAUGGUGGAUCUUCAGGGACCGGGAUGCAGUGCUGAAGAUAGGCGAUAAAAUAUAUUUUUGGACGUACGUCAUCAAGGAUGGUCUUGGUUACAGGCAGGACAAUGGAGAAUGGACAGUCACAGGGUUCGUGGAUGAAGAAGGAAUUCCCGUCAACAUCAAUGGAACACCGUUAGAGCCGACGACAGAAACGCCCACGAGCACGGAACCCAGUACGUCGGUCUUAGUGACGAAACCUUCCUUAGAGGGGUACCCAUGUCAAUUGUCGGAGUCGAAGGUCUCUGUUCCCGGCUUUGUUUGCCAGGGUCAGCUGCUGUUCGAAGACACCUUCAAUGGACCCAUCGAAAAAGGGCAAAUAUGGAAACCGGAAAUCAAAUUUCCCGGAGAACCGGACUAUCCGUUCAACGUGUACAUGUCUGACAAAAAUAUUUGUGUGAAAGACGGCCAUCUUUUAAUUAGUCCAAUGACAUUGGAGUCAAUAUAUGGUGAGGACUUCGUUAGACAGUCACUGGACCUUUCGGCCAGAUGCACGGGUGUGCUUGGUACCAGCGAGUGCAGCCGUGAAGCGUCGGGGCCGCUCAUUCUGCCACCAAUCAUUACGGCGAAAGUUACCACGAAGAACCGAUUCAGCUUCAAGUAUGGCAGGAUCGAGGUCAGGGCUCGGAUGCCGUUGGGCAAUUGGUUAAUACCGGAAAUUCAUUUGGAGCCCCGUGACAAAGCUUACGGCUUCACAAAUUACGCUUCGGGAUUAAUGCGCAUCGCUUGCGUUAAAGGCAACUUGGAAUUAGCCAACAAACUGUACGGUGGUCCGAUAAUGAGUGAAUCAGAACCUUACAGGACCGCAUACCUUAAAGAGAAAACAUCUAAUGACCUGUGGACGACUGAAUUUCAUAAUUAUACUUUGAUUUGGACACCUAAGAGCAUUUCUCUGUUAGUUGACGGAGAUCAGUACGGUGAAGUGACUCCUGGAAGUGGAUUUUACGAAGAAGCAAAGAGGAACGACGUGACAGCAGCAUCUCAGUGGCUGAGAGGCAGCGAGAUGGCUCCUUUUGAUGAAUUGUUCUACAUCUCAUUGGGGCUUAGCGUUGGCGGUAUCCACGAGUUUCCCGACAGCUGUCCUAAGAGUAGACUCCGUGCGAGUGUUCGCUCUGUAAACGGUGUUAACUACACCUGCCCAUCGGUUCUUCAGGAUGAAGAAAGGUUCAAGUCAAAAUGUUGGAAC